UACUGCGGCGGCGCACUACUCGCUUGCUAAUGCGCUAAUGCAAAGUAAAGUAAAGCAAAGCAACGGAAAAGACAGGUGGGAAGAAUUUCUACAGUUCAGAUCCCAAAUCUAGCCCCUCUGCUUAUAUUUAUUUCUUUUCCCCGAAACCGUUCUUUUUCUAUUUAUUACUGUUGGUCUUCAGGCACGACCGAAAGUAGAGUCUGCCUCUCUCUGUGCCUUUGGCCACUUUCAAGGGCAUCAUGAUUCAGAAUCAGAAUCAUGUUGUAGGUCUAAACCCAAUAUUCAGGAACGAAUCAUUUGGGUACUACACAGCGGAGCAGAACUACAUGAUGAUGGAGAAGAGACAACUGUUCCUUAGAAGCUAUCAGUUCUGCAGAAAAAGGAGUCUCUCGGAGAGAAUCAAGAGGUCCUUGGUCCGGGUGAAGAGGGUCAUAUGCCUGAGGCUACGAUCCGCUCGUAGAAUCAGGAAGUUGGUCUGUUCCAGGUUCAGAUACGGUUUCUACUACCGCAGAAGAAGAUUCCUGCGACUCCUUAACAACCAGAACAAAAAAAAUAACUCCACCUGCCUCUGGUAGAAUUUUUUUCAUAUUUAUAUUUUCCCUACUUCUUUGUCUCAAAUUUGUUUUCCCUGACUAUGAUGAAGUUUUGGGGUUGAUAUUAAGUGCUUUACAUGUUAGAUUGUCUUUUCAGAUUCGCCCCAGAAUUUUGUAGUAUUAACAAGUUGCUUUAUAUAUGCGAUGAUUCCCUGUUAUUA